AUGGGCUCCUCCAAGAAGCAUCACCGGGAGCGCGGCGGCGCUGAGGCCGCUGAGGAGGCCCCGGCCGGAGGGGGAGCGGCGACGACGACGACGACCACCGGGAGCAGCCCGGGAGCCAGCGCGGCGGGGAGGCCGCGGGAGCACCGCAAGCAUCGGCACCGCGGAGGGGAGCGGAGGGGGAAGCGGAGCCGCUCCCGGGGGGAGAGAAGCGGCGGAGGAGGAGGCGGCGGCGGCUCCGGCUCCGCUUCUUCUUCUUCUCGCCGCGGGGGAGGCUCCGAGGAGUCGGCGAGGAGCGGCCAUGGCCGCGGGAGCGGCGACGGAGAGCGGAGGGCGAAGAGGGAGAGGAGGGAGGAGAGGGAAGAGAGCGCCUCAACCCCCAAGACCUCUGGGGCUGAAUCUGCUCUCAGUGUGGAAGAGACCAACAAGCUGAGGGCCAAGCUGGGCCUGAAGCCCUUGGAGACCACAGCAGCCAAGAAAGAGGCUGGCACCAAGGAGGACCCAGUGGCAGCUGAGGUCAUCAACCCUCUGCUGCUGCGCCAGCGCCAGGAGCUGAGGGAGAAGCUGGCAGCAGCCAAGGAGAAGAGGAUCCUGAACCAGAAGCUGGGCAAGGUGCGGACGCUGGGGGAGGAGGAUCCCUGGCUGGAGGACACCGCGGCCUGGAUCCAGCGCAGCCGACAGCUGCAGCAGGAGAAGGAGAUGGCUGAGAAGAGGGCCAAGCUGUUGGAGGAGAUGGACCAAGAGUUUGGGGUCAGCACCUUGGUGGAGGAGGAGUUCAUGAAGAGGAAGAAGGACCUCUACAGCUCCAGGGACCUGCAGGGGCUGACAGUGGAGCACGACGUGGAGACCUUCCGCGAGGGGGAGACCUUGGUCCUCACCCUGAAGGACAAAGGAGUGCUGGAGGAGGCUGAGGACGUCCUGGUGAAUGUCACCCUGGUGGCCCAGGAGCAGGCCAAGCAGAACCUGGAGCUGCGCCAGAAGAAGCCUCAGUAUGUCCCCUACGAGGAGGAGGACCCUGCCACUGCCACCCAGGGCCCCCAGCCCAAGGUGCUGCUCCCCAAGUACUCAGACCCCCCCCAGCGACCUUCCUUCCGCCUGGGCCCCGGGGGGGGGGCUCCGGCUGGGGGGGGCCCUGGAGGGGACCCCCAGGCUGGGACCCCCCCAGGCCCUGCCCCCCAAAGCCUGCAGCUGCCCCCCCUGCGCCUGGCCCCUGAGUAUCUGACCCCAGAGGAGAUGGUGACCUUCCGGAAGACUCGGCGCAGGGUGAAGAGGCUGAGGAGGAAGCCCCUGAAGGCUGAUGACCUCCUGCCCAUGGCCCCCGGGGACACCCAGGGGGACUUCGGCUCCAGGUCCCGUGGGCGUGGCCGCAAGGUGCAGGAGGAUGAGGAGGGGGCCGAGGGGCCCCCCACCCAGCUCCCCUCCGACGACCCCCGGGUGGAGAACAUGGAGAUCAGCAGUGAGGACGAGGCCGGGGGCUCCGGGUCCCCCCCUCAGGGGCUGGAGGAGGAGGAGGAGGGAGAGCAGCAGGAGCUGCAGCUGCAGCUGCAGAGGAGUCGCCGCCUGCGGCAGCUGCAGGCCCUGCGCGACCACCAGGGGGCGCCCAAGCCCCCUGCCCAGGUGCUGGAGCUGCUGAGGGGCUCAGGGGGGGUCCCAGGCCCAGACCCCCGGGGGGGCUCCAUCGUCUUCAAUGCCACCUCCGAGUUCUGCAGGACCCUGGGGGAGAUCCCAACCUAUGGCCUGGCAGGGAACAGGGAGGAGCAGGAGGAGCUGAUGGCUCUGGAGCAUCCAGGCCCCUCCCCCCCCCCGGGGGCGUCCCCAGAUUCCGAGGGGGAGGAGAACGUUGGCUGGAGCAGUGUGAACCUGGCUGAGGAGAGGCAGCACCAGAACCUCUCUGCCUCCUCCACCACCAUCCUGGACGAGGAGCCCAUAGUCAACAGGGGGCUGGCAGCUGCCCUCCUGCUCUGCCAGAACAAAGGGCUGCUGGAGACUACCCUGCAGAAGGUGGCCAGGGUGAAGGCUCCAAACAAGUCUCUGCCUUCUGCUGUCUACUGCAUCGAGGACAAGAUGGCGCUGGAGGACAAAUACAGCCGGCGGGAGGAGUUCCGAGGCUUCACUCAGGACUUCAAGGAGAAGGAAGGCUACAGGCCCGAGGUCAAGAUCGAGUACGUGGACGAGACCGGCCGCAGGCUCAGCCCCAAGGAGGCCUUCCGGCAGCUCUCUCACCGCUUCCAUGGGAAGGGCUCCGGCAAGAUGAAGACUGAGAGGAGGAUGAAGAAGUUGGACGAGGAGGCGCUGCUGAAGCGGAUGAGCUCCAGCGACACUCCCCUGGGCACUGUUGCUCUGCUGCAGGAGAAGCAAAAGGCUCAGAAGACUCCGUUCCUGGUGCUGAGCGGCAGUGGGAAGAGCCUGAACGAACACCAUCACCAAGUGAGGCCUCCAGGGACCCUCCCCCCCAGUACCACCUCCUGCAGCAGAAUAAAGGCCUUGGAGUCACCAGGCCUUGGUGGCCUCCUUGGUGUCCUCUUCAUCCUCCUUGGUGCCACCUGGGUGCUGCUCAGUGCCAGCAGUGCCAUCCUGGGUGCCACCUUUGCCAGCUCUGUCCUUGGUGUCAGCACUGUCCUCAGUGCCAGCAGUGCCCUCCUUGGUGCCACCAACAUCUUCUUUGCUGUCACCUGGCUGCUCCUUGGUGCCACCAGUGCCACCUCUGUCCUUGGUGCCACCUCUGCCACCCUUG